GGCGCCAGUCCUGAUCACCUAGGCAACGACCCCGCGGUACCGCGACUGGCUCAGGGACCUAGUGUCGUGUGGGCUGCGAGCCUCGAGCCGCCGCUGGCUCAGAGUCUGGGCGUUUCUGCGAGAGCAGCGGAGGAUGGGGCGGGACUUCCGCGUCGCCAAUGCACUCUUCACUUCGCGGUUGGUGGGUUGCUUGGCAGGUGGCCGCUGGGACCAGAGAGGCAGGUAGGGAAGUGCCGGGACUGUCACCGCAUCACUGCACGCACUUUCCCCCCUCCGCUAAUGGCUCCUUCUUCCUGAGCCUUGGUUUCUCCAGACGUAGAACGGAGGUAACGAGCCACCACACACCGCCUUCGUCCCACGGCCCCGGGAUGCAGCCCCCAGGUCCUUCGGCGCAUUCUAUGCUGGGGAAGACUGAGGCCCGUAGUGUGACCGUCAGCCCGCGGUCACCCCGGGCAGUGGGGGUUUGAGGGUUUGGAUGAGCCCUCAUUGUUUGUCACUGUCGCCGCCUCGCACGGUCCCGCCCAACCCACAGACUGAACAGGCCAGCAGCGUCGCUGAUGGACCCGGGGCAGCCCAUCUGUUGGCCCCCUGGCUUAGCUGUCUCGUCAUCGCAGAGCCCAGUGACCUUCGAAGAUGUGGCUGUGUAUUUUUCCAAGGAGGAGUGGGGGCUUCUUGAUGAGACUCAGAGACGCCUGUACCACCAUGUGAUGCUGGAGAACUUUGAGCUCAUGACCUCACUUGGUUGUUGGCAUGGAGUGGAAGAUGAGGGGGCCCAUUCCAAGCAGAAUACUUCUGUAGAAGGGAUGUCACAGGUCAGGAUCCCCAGUGCAAAUCCUUCCACCCAGAAGGCUGACACCUGUGAUAUAUGUGGCCCAUUCUUGAAAGACAUUUUGCACCUGAAUGAACAUCAAAGAAUAUAUCCUGAGGAGACCUUCUACACAUGUGGAACAUGUGGAAGAGAAUUUUGGUUCAGUACAAACCUUCACCAGCACCAGAAGGAGCUCAGUGGAGAAAAGCCCUUUAGAUGGGACAAGGACAAGGAUUCAUUUGUGGAAAAUCUUACAGUUCACCUGUCAGAGAAGCUCUUCACUUGUGGGGAAGGUGGUAAGGAUGCCUUGGACAGCGAUGACCUCUUCCAGCACCCAGCCAUUGACAGCAGCAGGAAGCCACAAAGGAGCACAGAGUGCAGGGAGACCUUUUCACACAGCUCUAAUCUUGAGCAGCUCACAAAAGUCCAUACCACACAGAAGCUAUUUAAGUGCAGCAACUGUGGAAAAGCCUUUCAGAAGACCUCCAUCCUCCUCAACCACCUGAGAACUCACUCUCAAGAGACAACAUUUAGAUGCCCAACAGUUGGAAAUUCCUUAGAGGAGAAAUCAACCCUUGUUAAUCACCAAAAAAGUCAUGAUCGAGAAACAUGCCAUGUGUGUAAAGCAUGUGGGAAGACCUUCACUCAUGCUUCUAAACUGAGGAAGCACCAGAAAUUUCACACUGGAGUAAAAUAUUAUGAGUGCAGUGAUUGUUGGAAAACCUUCAACCACAAACUCACACUUGUUCAUCACCAGAGAAUUCACACAGGAGAAAGGCCUUAUAAGUGCAGUGAAUGUGGGAAAGCCUUUAAUAACAGGUCACAUCUCACUCGGCAUGAGAAAGUUCACACUGGAGAAAGGCCUUUUGAGUGCAGCAAAUGUGGAAGAGCCUUCAGCCAAAGCUCCAAUUUCCUUCGGCACCAGAAAGUUCACACCCAAGUGAGACCUUAUGAGUGCAAUCAGUGUGGUAAAGCCUUUAGCCGCAGCUCUGCCCUCAUUCAGCACUGGAGAGUUCACACUGGAGAAAGGCCUUAUGAGUGCAGUGAGUGUGGAAGAGCUUUUAACAAUAACUCCAACCUUGCUCAGCACCAGAAAGUUCACACUGGAGAACGGCCUUUUGAGUGCAGUGAAUGUGGAAGAGACUUCAGCCAAAGCUCCCACCUCCUUCGACAUCAGAAAGUUCACACUGGAGAACGGCCUUUUGAGUGUACUGAAUGUGGGAAAGCCUUCAGCAAUAGCUCCACCCUCAUUCAGCACCAGAAAGUACAUACUGGGCAAAGGCCUUAUGAAUGCAGUGAAUGUAGAAAGGCUUUCAGCCGCAGCUCCAGCCUGAUUCAGCACUGGAGAAUUCACACCGGGGAAAGACCUUAUGAGUGCAGUGAAUGUGGGAAAGCCUUUGCACACAGUUCCAGUCUCAUUGAGCACUGGAGAGUUCACACAAGAGAAAGGCCUUAUGAGUGCAGUGAAUGUGGGAAAUUCUUUAGCCAGAACUCCAUUCUCAUUAAACAUCAGAAAGUUCACACUGGAGAAAGACCUUAUGAGUGCACUGAAUGUGGGAAAUUCUUUAGCCGAAAGUCCAGCCUCAUUUAUCACUGGAGAGUUCACACUGGAGAAAGGCCUUAUGAAUGCAGUGAAUGUGGGAGAGCCUUUAGCAAUAACUCUCACCUGGUUCGUCACCAGAGAGUUCACACACAAGAAAGGCCCUAUGAGUGCAGCCAAUGUGGGAAAGCCUUUAGUGAAAGAUCUACACUUGUUCGACACCAGAUAGUUCACACCAGAGAAAGGACUUACGAGUGUGACCACUGUGGGAAAAUCUUCAGCCGCCUCUGCAAUCUUACUCAGCAUAAAAGGAUUCAUACCGGGCACCUGGGUGGCUCAGUUGGUUGAGCGACUGCCUUCGGCUCAGGUCAUGAUCCUGGAGUCCCUGGAUCGAGUCCCACAUCGGGCUCCCUGCUCGGCAGGGAGUCUGCUUCUCCCUCUGACCCUCCUCCCUUUCAUGCUCUCUGUCUCUCAUUCUCUGUCUCAAAUAAAUAAAUAAAAUCUUUAAAAAAAAAAAAAAAGGAUUCAUACCUGAAUGUAGCCUUACAGAGAUGGUCCUUCUGAGAAGAUCUUCAGUCAAGUCAAACUUCAUGCAGAAUACCCACAGAGAAGUUACCUGCAUGUACCACUAGUGUGGAGAAGGCUUCAGAAGGUAGUCUGCCCUUUCUGAGCAGCCCAGGGCUGAGCUCUCUUCCCUCUGGAGCGUAAAGCCCUUUCCAGCCUGCCUGGGUCCAAAUAUUUGCAGCCAUCAUCUACAUAUGUAGGGAGAAAACAGCUCCCUGUGCCUCCCUUCCCCUUUCCUGGAGGGAAACAGGAUUGUCCUGGGCCCACUAGAAUGGCUUCAUUCCCAUUGCCUCUAAAAUGGUUAGGAAGUGAACUAACCCCAUGCUGGUCGAGGGGCCUUGAGGGAUGUCCAGUUUGGGCUUCUCAGAUACACAUUCCUCAUGGAUGUUGUCUUGUCUGCAUGUAACCCCAAUUAUGUAUCCAAUGAGCUCACACAUCACCCUCCCCUGGAACCACUUAUCUUGGUGUUCUCUAUUCUGCAUGAUAAUAAAGACCUUAGUAAUCAAGUCUUUUUUUUUUUUUUUGAGAGGGAUGGAAGGGGCAGAAGGAGAGAGAGAAUCCUAAGCAGGCUCCAUGCCCAGCGUGGAGCCUGACCCAGGGCUCAGAAUCACCACCCUGAGAUCAUGACCUGAGCUGAAAUCAAGAGUCGGAUGCUUGACUAAGUGAGCUACCCAGGUGCCCUGAUCAAGACACCUUUAUUUAUUUAUUUUAGAUUUUAUUUAUCUGACACAGAGAGAGAGCACAAGCUGGGGGCGUGGCAGGCAGAGGGAGAGGGAGAAGCAGGCUCUCUGCUGAACAGAGAGCCUAAUGUGGGGGGCUGGAUCACAGAACCCUGGGAUCAUGACCUGAGCUGAAGGCAGAUGCUUAACCAACUGAGCCACCCAGGCAUCCCUCACGUCACCUUUAAUCUUGGGGGUUUUGGUGGGGGUAGGUCGAAAAAAGAAGUGGGUAGAGUGAGGGAUGGCUGAGACAGGGCACCUAACAACAUCUACCUCAGGGUAUAGAAGGAACAUAGGGUUAGGGUUUGCAGUGCAUCUAAAGGACUGGGAAAAACGGAAGGGCUCAUAAAGUGAACAUAGUGGCCUGUAUUUCAGAGUUAUCUGAAGGCCCAGAGCUCACCCUGAAGGAAGAGGAUGCUAGUCUGCAACAUUAGAAUGGUCUGUUGGAUUAGGAGGCGGGUCCCUAGUUCCUAGAGAGAUGUCUGGGUUUCCCCAUGUGAGGAGAAGCUAUCUUCUGGUUCCUAAUAAGGAUAUAUGAUCCUAGGAGGCGGGGAGAGGCCCAGUGGAUAGAGAAACAAUGGGUGUGAGGUAAGAGGGAGUUGGGAGGAAUUUACAGCACUGCCAUUAGGGACAAAGGAGCACCACAGUUCUCCAUUAGCUUGAGGCAGGUAAGGCACAUAUAACUUAAUCUGAGAUCUACAGGGGCCAUCUGGGAGCCAGAAACACUGGGUUUGGAGCAGACUGGUAAACUAAAGGGAACUUGGCUAUUCUAAAGGUACAUCAAAAACUUCCAGAUUGGGGUGCCUGGCUGGCUCAGUUGGUAGAGCAUGCAACUCUUGUUCUUGAGGUUGUGAGAUUGAGCCCCAAGGUGGAUGCAGAGAUUACUUAAAAAUAAAAUCUUUAUAGGGUGCCUGGGUGGCUCAGUUGGUUAAGUGACUGCCUUCGGCUCAGGUCAUGAUCCUGGAGUCCCGGGAUUGAGUCCCGCAUCGGGCUCCCUGCUCAGCAGGGAGUCUGCUUCUCCCUCUGACCCUCCCCCCUCUCAUGCUCUAUCUCAUUCUCUCUCUCAAAUAAAUAAAAUCUUUAAAAAAAUAAAUAAAUAAAAUCUUUAUAAAGAAAAAAAAACCUUCCAGGUGACUCUGGCCAAGUGAGAUAAGAGUGAAGAACUCGGGCGCCUGGGUGGCUCAGUUGGUUAAGCGACUGCCUUCGGCUCAGGUCACGAUCCUGGAGUCCCUGGAUCGAGUCCCGCAUCGGGCUCCCUGCUCGGCGGGGAGUCUGCUUUGCCCUCUGACCCUAUCCCCUUUCAUGUGUUCUCUCUCAUUCUCUCUCUCUCAAAAUAAAUAAAUAAAAUUAAAAAAAAAAAAAAAAAAGAGUGAAGAACUCAAGACCUGCAGACCUGCGUAUCACUCGUAAUGGAAAUCCAAACAAAUGUUUUAUGAAUUCCUAUAUUCUCCCUGUGCUCGUUACCUCAUGGCUGUCACCACACAGGAACCUCAUCAUCAAGAGGAUAGAGCUCGGGGCACCUGGGUGGCCUCAGUCGUUAAGCAUCUGCCUUUAGCUCAGGUCAUGAUCCCAGGGUCCUGGGACUGAGCCCCGCAUCGGGCUCCCUGCUCCGCGGGAGGCCUGCUUCUCCCCCUCCCACACUCCGUGCUUGUGUUGCCUCUCUCACUGUGUCUCUCUGUCAAAUAAAUAAAAAUCUUAAAAAAAAAAAAAAAAAAAAAAGAGGAUAGAGCUCAUGGUCAGGAGAAUGGUUUAUGUGAGUAGCCAGAGUUUUAGAGAAUCACAUAGCCAUGGCAUUCAU